AUGAGUCGCAAACCCAUCGUGGCGGGCCUCAAUCGUCGCCAGUCCUCGACCCCACACUACCAGACUUUCCCCACAGCCCCUCCACGAACUCGCGGGAAUGCGCUCUCGUCUCCCUUCGACUCCUCCCAUGACCAAGAUAGAGUAUCCAAUGCCGACGACGACCAGCAUAACAACCACAAUCAUGAGUCGCCGCUUCCGCGCCGCCAGCUCGCCGUUCUCGCUAUCAUCGCCCUGGCCGAGCAAACUGCGCUGAACUCCAUCUCCCCCUACCUCCCACAGAUGGUGGCCUCUUUCCCCUCAACAGACACAUCACGAAUCGGUCUAUAUGUCGGCGCAAUCGCCUCGUCGUUUGCUGCCGCGCAACUCCUCACGAAUUACUUCUGGGGCUCACUCUCCGACCGCAUCGGGCGCAAACCAGUUAUCCUCCUCGGUGCCAUCCUCACGGCUGCGGCAUUCGUAGGGUUCGGGUUCUGCACAAAGCUAUGGCAUGCGAUCCUUGUGCAAGCUAUAAUGGGAAUUGUAAACGGGAAUCAGGGACUCAUCAGUACGUGUCUGGGCGAGAUCACGGACCGCUCAAAUCAAGGCCGCGCUUUCGUCUGGCUGCCCGUCAUCUACGGUGUAGGCGCCAUCUCAGGGCCGGCACUAGGCGGAUUGUUAGUGCAAGGAGAGUCCAGUGCGAAGAAACCAUCCUACCCGUUCUUACUCCCGAAUCUGGUUGCGGCUGUCAUACUGGUGGUGGAAUUUACAGUUACCCUGAUAUUCCUCGAAGAGAGCCUCGAGGAGGCCAAAGACCUCCCACCGCUACAAGACAGAGUCAGAGCCUUCUUCUCAUGGAUGUGGCAGUUCGCCUCCGGUGCCAUCCGCCCAACCUACACCCGACGCGCACAAGCAGCACCUCCCCCUCCUCCUCCCUCCUCCAUGACAUCUUCGCUGGCCCAUAUACCUCCAUCCCCAUCAAAAGACCCCCUCAGCGGCACCACCCUCCUCCUCCUAUCCACCUACUUCGUCUUCCAGCUCUCCAACGCAUCCUUCAACGCCCUCUACCCCGUCUUCGCCUUCGCCGACCCCCCACUCGGCCGCAAUAUCCCCGCCCGAGAUAUUGGUUUCUCUCUCUCCGCCGCCGGUGUCGCUACAAUUAUGUUCCAGGUCCUCAUCUUCGGCCGCCUACGCGACAAGAUGGGGAACAAAGCGACAUACCGCGCGGGCCUGGGCUUAUUCGCCGUUGCCCUCCUCGCAACCCCGACCGUACCAUUCGCAGACUCUAAGCCGCCAUUCAAGUUCCUCACAGGACACAUGUGGAUGUGGGCACACCUCUCCCUCGUACUCCUCGCCAAGACAGUAGCAUCCGUAGGCGGCCUCUCCAGCGCCCUCCUGCUCAUCACCAAUUCAGCCCCUGAACCAGAGUGUCUAGGCGCUCUGAACGGGUUGGCGCAAACGCUUAGCUCUGCGGGGCGGGGGGUAGGCCCCGUGAUGGCAGGCGGAUUAUUCAGCGCUGCACCGAAGAAUGGGAGGAGUGGUGGUUGGAUCCCAUUUGGGGUGUUUGGGGGUGUCGCGGUGCUAGGGUUCGUGGCAAGUUGGGGGAUUCGGGGCGAGGAGUUGGAGGGAGAGGAGUGGGAUGAGGGUGAACAUGAUGAGGAAGAGGUGUUAUAG